GAACGAUGUUGCGAUGAUCUGAGGGGAGUCCCUGCAAGUCUCUGGACAAAUCACCUUCAUCCUCAGGAUACUAAGUGCAACUCUCCGCCUAACUCGGCAGAUUCCAAAAGGGCCCAGAACCACAAAUAUGAGCUCAGAGUCUAGCCCCGAGAUCAUUCAAUGGCUCGUCGACACCCGGAAACUAUGGCCGGAAGUAGCUGAAACGAAGCAGCUAGAGACAUUUCCCAGCUCGUCUCGCGCUCUUUCCGUGCUGCCGGAUGACGAGCGCACCGCGGUGUUGAAAUAUGUCUUUGCUCGUGACGCCAAGAUGUCGUUGGCAUCUCACCUGCUGAAGCACUACGUUGUUUCGUCAAAAGGCCAUGUCCCAUGGAAGGAGACGACGAUCACGCGGAACGCGCGCACAAAGCCCGUCUACGUCGACCCGAACACCGGGAGGCAGCCUGUCGCCUUUAACGUCACGCACCAGGCCGGCAUUGUCGCCCUGGUCGCCGUUGCCGGUGAUGACAGCGGCGACGCUGGAGCCAUCGACGUUGGCAUCGACGUCGUAUGCACCAGCGAGAGGCGGACCCGGGACCAUUCCAUGAUCGCGCAGAGCGGCGACGGCUGGGCGCGGUUCGUGGACAUGCACGCCGACGUCUUUGCACCGGCCGAGGCGAACUACUUGAAGUUUGUGGUGCCGGGCCAGGCGGCCCGGCUGCUCAACGGGACGUCUGGAGAGCUGGUGGACUACAACUUGCGAUCCUUCUACACGCUGUGGUGCCUGCGCGAGGCCUACGUCAAGAUGACGGGGGAGGCCCUGCUGGCCAGUUGGCUGUGCGAGCUGGAAUUUAGGGACUUUAAUCCGCCGCCCAUUCCUAGCGGUGCCGGAAGCAUGGCCGGGAGUCUAGAGGGUGACGACGAAGCUAUCGUGAGGGAUCAUGAAAUUUGGUUUCAGGGGAAAUUGGUCGACGAUGCUAACGUCUGCCUGCGGGCGCUGGGGCCGGAUUACAUGGUCUGCACGGCGAUGCGGACGCCGGCAGAGAAGGAGAAAGGCUUGGGUUGGGAUAUGGGGCCCUUCAAAGUCAUCUCGAUUGAUGAGAUUGUCAAGUUCGCAGAAGAGCAGUAGCAGUUGUCAAGGGGCCGAUGCUGCAGGGAAUUGCUGGAUGCAGGCUGUCGAACUGUUGCGCUGGCGAUUUUCAUGUGCAGAGUCCUCAAUACGAAGAUGGGGCGGUUUUGAUGGUUGAUUGUUUACGCAAGGAUGGUUGACAGCCGCGAUUACCAAUGGAAAGUUUACCUGCGACGUAUCAAAGGCUACGGCUCGUUUUCGGGACCAAAGGUUGACUAAGAAUAGCAGUUUAUAUGGGCUAUGCUCUUCCCUC